GCUGGGGGUGCGCUGUGGGGCUGGGGGGGCUGCCUCGCCGCCCACACCUGCAGCCUCCAGCACCGCUGCCGUGUCCCCAACCCACCACGGCCCCGUUCCCAACACGGCAACCCCCGAGGCCCCGAGCCGCUGCCGGGCCGCAGGGCGGGCCGGUGCCGGUCGCCAGGGCGACGCGUGAGGCGUGAGCCCGCUGCCGGCACCGCCAUGGGCCCCAAGCGGCCCAAGGCCGCCGCUGCCGCCGCCGCCGCCUCCUCGGGGCCGGCGGCGAAGAGCUGGGAGGCAGCGCUGGUGGCCGCCGCCCUGGAGGAGGAUAACUGGAAGCCUAGCAUCGCUUUUGUGGUUGGGACCAAAAUUGAGGAUGAAAUCCACACGACGGCCUUGUCUCUUGCUGUGCAGGUGCCACAACGGAAGCUCUUCAGCGUGGUGACACGUGAAGAUAUAUUCAGACAGAUCGCAGAAUCUGGAAAUCAGAAGGGAAAAAAGGUUAAGGAUGUGCCUAUGUUCUAUGAGGUAGUAGAAGCAGCCAAAGCCAUUCUUGACAGCGGAGAAGAGAUUCCUGUAACACUAACUGGAAAGCUAUUGAAAUUUCAACUGCUUUGUCUUAAACAGAAAGACCUUCAGAGAAGGGAAGCUGAAAAGAAGGCAGAAGAAGAGCUAAAAAAGGAAAAAGAUGGAGGAAAAGAGAAAGGUAAACCUCCUGGCAAGAAGGAGAAACCCCCUAGUGCCAAGACAGCUGAGAAAGAAAGGAAAGGAAGAAAGACAGACGUAGCCUCUGCAGUGCCAGCUACUGUUAAAAAGAACACCCAACUGAAGCGACGAGGAGAAGAGGAAGAGGAGUACAAAUACAUUGAUGAUGAACCAGAUGAUGGUGCCCACUAUUACUUUAUAAUCUUGGGUUUCCACAACCCUCAGCUACUGCCUGUGAUGUCUGAGCUUGGAGUUAAUGUUUCAAGUGUAAUCAGGAUUUCUUCUGAGAAUUAUGAUCCAUUACAGACAUACUUGGAAGCAGCUAAACUUCAAGAAGAAUCUUUACUUUCACCUGAAGAUGUUGAAGCAGAGAAAAGAAAGAAAGAUGAAGCUGUCAAAGAUCUGGAAAUGUUUUGGAAAUACCUAGAGCCAGUUCUGAACAGUGGAAAGCAUGGAUCACGUCUCUUUGAUGUUGCCAGACUUCAUCACUUGGUUAAGGAGAAUGCCUUUCCCUCCGACUGGUCUGACAAAGAAAUGCUGCUUGCACUUGGCAGUGCACUGUUUGAAAGUAUUGCUUGUUUAAUGUAUGACUCCCUGGAUUGGAGAAGACAACAUUGUAACUACUUGGAAAACACCAAGUUUAUUAAUGUGCCUGAAUUAUCAGAGAGCAAAUCAACACAAUCACCUGCAGCUGAGAUACAACCAACACCACAGGGUACACCUUCAAAGAAAAAAGGGCAAGCAGAAGAAAAUCUGCCAACAGUAAUUUUGUCACAGGAGGAAGAAUUUCCGGUUUUGGCUGCUUCUAUGGAUAUGAGAUAUUACAAUGACUUGCUGAAUCAGAUUCCUGAGGAAUACUUUUCUGUGCCCUUAAUGCUGAACUGCAUGCUGGAACAGGUUAUUGCAAGUGAAGAAGACCUUACACCACCUAGUCUGGUGGUGCCAGAGCGCCGGGCAGAUGGACUACAUCAUACCAUUGCAGAUCAUAUAGCCUCGGUCCUUCCUUCUCUUCCACUUUCUGACAGUGAAAAAAAGAAUCUCUAUGACUACUUUGCUCCUAAGUACAGUGAAGAAACUGUAACCCCCAAGUACCCUCUCUUAUUUAAUUACCAUGAUACUCUGGCUCAGCGAUUGCACCUGCUGAAGGUCCAAGACAACUUAAAUCCAGAAAAGAUUGAACAUGAAAUGAUGGAUAAAUUGCCUCUUAGGGAACUUAUCCAUUUCACCCUUCCUUCGACUGUAAACAACACUAAACGCUUAGCCAGCAUUCAUGAGCUCAUGCAUUAUUUCACUAGUGAACUUCUGAGUUGGGCUGAAGUAGAAAGAGCCUUCAGAGUGUUUACUUUUGAAAGCCUGAGGCUGACUGGGCUGAGUGACUCUGGUCUCCUGGAGAGCUCUGGAUCUAUGGUUGGAGGUGAUUCUGAAGUGUCUUAUAUCCCCUGGGAUAACCCAGCCAGGUUUGCAAGACAGCUGAGACAACUCUUCCUUAUGGAAACGAAGCUUAAUGAGAAAUCACCAAGAGGCUCUGGACAUGCAGAAACAGAUGAUAAGGAUGGAAGAGAUUGUCUGUCUGAUCCUGCUUUGAACAAAGAAAUGGAUCUUUUUUCUUCUGAUCUGGCAAGUGUGAUUGAUGAGCGGACUAAACUGUGCUCUAUAAAUGUUGAUAUUCAUUAUUUUGUUUUGCUGUAUUUUGAGGUGAGUCUGGAAAAUAAUGGCCUAGAACUAAACUUAGAAGAAAUAAAAAAGAUUCAGAAGCGUUGUCUGACAGACUGGAGUUUUGCCGAGUAUUUUCAACCCCGUGUUCUUCUUCAGGUUCUGUAUACUGCAACCCAAGAGUACAGAUGUAUUGAUUGCUUUUAUCAUACCCAAGAUAACUCUUUACUAAUGGUUCUUCACAAUCCUAUGAAUCAGUAUCGUUCAUGCAAAGAGACCUGGGAUGUUGCAUUACACUCUAAUGUUGGAUUCAGGAACUAUCUUGAGCUGGUAGCCAAAUCGAUUGAAGACUGGGUGAAAGAAGAAGAAGUCAAAUACCAAGAAGAGAAGAUAGCUAGGGAAGUAGAGGCUCUUAAACUGGCAGAAGGCACUGCAGAAGGACCUUCUGAAUUUUCUGAGUGUGCUGUCAAAAAAACUGGCUUCCCUAAGAGCGCCACAAACAGCACAUCAAGACCUGAGAGCAUAAUGGAGACUAUUCCAGAAUCUCAAUCCAGCAAUGAAAAAAAUCCUUUUAUCAGAGAAGGCUCUCUUAAGGCUUGGAAGGAGGAACAGAAUCGAUUACAAGAGGAAGAACGACUUAAGGAAGAAAAAAAAGCAAAAAAAGAAAAUUUGAGUGGUAAAAAGAAAAGACAGGAGACAGCAAUAUGUGUAGAAAGUGAAGGUUCCAAUAAGAAAUCUUCCAAAGAGAAACUUGAAGAUGAGGCAGCAAAAGCCCCUGAACCUGAGGAGGAUCCCAGCAUCCCAGAAACACAUCCUGAGAAAGUGUAUAAGUUUCUUGGCUACAACAUGGGGGAGAGUCUUAUUCAAGUAUCGGGAAUCAAUCACUAUCUUUUCCCAUCUGAUGGAGGACAGAUUCAAGUAGAGAAGAUAGAGUUUGUAAAAGGUCUAACCUUGGUGAAGUUGAAAGUGAUAAAGGACAACCACAAUUUCUUCAUUCAUAUCACAGAUCCCAAGAAAAUCUUAACAGAAAUUGAAGUGCAAGAAAAUAAUGAUGAACAUAAAAUUACAUCAGGAAAAAUGAAGAAUCAAAAGAAAGCUGUGAGCAAGUUUGGAUCUUUUUCAGCCACCUUAGAAAAUGGAAUCCAGCUGUCCCUGAGCUAUUAUGGACCUACAGGGAAGACAGCAGAUGAUGAAACAGAUCCUGUCUUAGCAACAGUUCUGAACAUCCCUUCUGUUCAUAUUCCGACUGUUCUUCCUUCUACUACAUCAGCUUCAGGAAAAAAAGAUAAGUCAGUCAAACAAAAACCAGGAAAAUCUCUGCCAUCUACAAAAGCAAGCCAUAGCAGAGUAAGCUCUCCACCACCAGACACCCACGUAAAACAAGAAGAAGGAAAGGUGGAAAUAGAAGAACCAGCUUCCCAAACACAAGUCAUUUCAGAUGCUCUUGCUUUCCGAAGCUUGAAUGUCUCCUGUCCCAAUGGACUAGUAUUAACUUUCCUUCGUGAAAGUUUUGAAGAUUUGAAAGGUGAGACCAAAGCAGAUGAAGCCAAGGAAGAGGAGCCCGAGAAAGGUGGGACCAAAACAGAUGAAGCCAAGGAAGAGGAGCCUGAGAAAGGUGAGACCAAAGCAGAUGAAACCAAGGAAGAGCCUGAUAAAGGUGAAACUAAAUCAGAUGAAGCCAAGGUUGAGAAAGCUGUAACCGAAGCAAAUGAAGCAGUGGAGGAGGAGGUUAUGGAAAGUGGAGAGAAGGAACAUGAGGUUACAGAAGGUGAAGUAAAGCAAGAAGAUGCUGAAAGAAAAAAGGCGAAACAGCCUGCUCUGGAAAUUCUUGUUAGGCAAAGUUAUCCCCAAAAGAUAAAGAACUCUCAACUAUAUACAACAGUGGCAAGUCAUAUAGAACAAGAGGUGUCAAGAGUCAUCACUGGACAAGGAACUGUCGUAAAGUACAUGAUGGAUGGCUCUACCUGGAUUCUGUUUGCUGAUGGCACAGUGAGUAGGAGUCCUGAUUCUGGACCUGUCCUUCCACCACCUGCAAUUCCAGAUAACACAGAGCUGUUACCAGAAUCAGAGCCUUUACCGGAGACUAGCACUAAGAAAGGAAAAGGAAGUGACAGAAAUGGUGCAUCACACCCAAACAAGGAUGAAGUAUCUGAAAAUACCAUUCAGGGUCUAGUUGAUUCUGACCAACCUAAGGAGAAUCAGGCAGGAACCUGGAUAACAACAACCCCAUUAGGCAUUCGAGUGGGCACUGAAGGAGCAAAACGAAUGGAUCUGGAGCCAAUCUUAAUCUAUCAGGCAACUGACCCAGCUGAUGAAACGGUUAUGACUGUACGAGAUGAUGAAGUGAUAAUCAUUGAGAAGCUGGAUGGUAGCAGAGUAGUAGAUCAUGCUGAUGGUACUAGGAUCACAACUUUUUAUCAAGACUGCAAAGAACUUUUUGUGCCUGAGGAUAGUGAGGAAACAGAUGAACUCUCAGAAGCCAUUACAAAGAAAGUGAAACAUGUACGAGUAGAAAAUCCCAAGUUUGCUACCGUUACAACAAAUUGUGAGGACGGUUCUUGUUGUACCAUCUUUGGAGAUGGGACAUCUGUUAUAGCAAGGCCACAGGGAACAUAUCAGGUUUUACCCAUCAAGACAGGUUCCCUUUUCAUUGAUGAAGAUUGCACAGCAGUUUAUACCCAUGAAGUUUACAAUUUUAUCAGCAAGAAGGAAGGAAAACAAACAGGGAGAUAUGUUAUGAAACACACUUCCAGCACUAUUUGUGAGAUGAUGGAUCCUGAAGGAAAUCUUUUCAAGGUCAUGGCUGAUGGCAGCACAUCUGUGGUUGUUCCUAGCAUUGGCUCUGACAAUAAGGAGAACAGGAGUUCGGUAUCAGUACUCCCAGAAGAUAAGAAACCUGUCAUUUAUGAUGAGCAUGUCCCCAGGUUCUUCGUCAUCCACACGGAUGGUUCUGGAACUGAACUCCUGCGGCGCAAGGAUGUAGAAGAGUACCUUGCUGAGGCUUCCAGUGAUCCAGCUGCUGUAGUCUUGCAGGAACCUGUGCAAGAACAUCCAGGUGUUUUAAGUAUUACUGUCCUCCGCCCCUUGCUUGAAGCCUCCCCCUGGGUAAUGAAGAAAGAACCAGAGAGUAUUGUUCCUCCAAAUCUUCAGACAAGUACUUGGAAUACAUUUUCUCCUCAUGAGAGGAAGAUCACAGAUCCUCCAGUCAGAACGUAUGUUUGGAAGGGUCUCGACAUUGGAUCCAAAAAGCAGACAUGCUUGCCAGUACCUGUGCGAAAAUGUCCUAAUAAACUGCAAAUCCGUCAGCUGUUCCAGUAUCAGCCACUCAGUGAUGAACUAAGAGAAAAGCUACAGCUUUCUCUCAAGGAAUACAUAGAAAACAUUUUAAAGCAGGAAAGUGAGCUGGAAGAGAUGAAUGUAAAAGAACCAAGAACAGAAGAUGAAAAAGAGAAUGCUGCAAAUCUCCUUGAUAUGGUUACGUCCUUCCCUAUAUGGGAGAAGUCAACUGAAGAUCUCAGUGCCAGAGCUAACGUAACUGAGCUAUAUGAACAUGCAGUCGCUUCCCAAUACCAGCAUCACACAGAGAAGACAGUCGCUAAGCAAACAGAGGAACAGGAGCAGAGUUCCAGCACAAAUGGACAAACACCAGUGUCCAAAUGGCAGAGCAAACUACAAGAGUACAGGAAAGAACUUGAUGAAGAAAAGGAAACCUUAAUGGCAAUAAGAAACAAAAUAAUUCCUCCAUAUUUUGAAUCAGAAUGGGGCAAGGCAUUUCUCUCAAAACAGUUUCCUGAUGUGGAAGCACUGUCUAAGGAGCUUCCUCCAGUUCCAAAAGUAGAAAGUGAAAAUCUCCUUUUAGAGACAAUCGAAAACCCCAGGACAGUAUCUGAGUGUCUUAACAGCACAAGUGAUUCUUCACCUUCUCCUGGUCUUCUGCUGAAGACUCCUUCAAAGCAUAGAAAAGGUUCCAGCAGCACAACAGAUCUAAGCAAAACUGAAGGGUCACGAGAGAUACCCUUUCAACUUAAAGUUCAGAGUCUGCUGGUGAAUGCUGCAGGACAGCCAAGAAAAGAGAAAGUGAAAUUACCAUCAUCGCUCCAGGGAAGAAAACCAAACUUCAUACCACACAAAAAGAUAGAAGAUCCUGCCGCAGGAAAGGUCAACAUAUCUUCUCUUGCAACAACAAAAUGGAAUCAUUGUGGCUUCCAUCUCAUUCCACCACGAGUGACAUUUGGAGUACUAAAGGAAGGCUGCACCUAUGCAACCACUGUAAUUCUGAAGAAUGUUGGCAUAAACUUUUCAAGGUUUCGGGUGAAGCAACCACCUCCGCACACCGGACUGAGCGUGAUGUACACACCAGGACCUGUGGCAGCAGGACUGCAGGUUGAACUGGAGAUAGAAAUUUUCGCCAUGGUAAUUGGAGGGGAAGGUACUGAUGGGCGUGAAGAAAUUUCCCAUGACAUUGAAAUAUUAACAGAAACAGAGACCAUUCUCCUGCCCGUGAGAGCAACUGUGUUAGCCACUGACAUCUAUGAGUGCCGCCCACAAGGAUACCCCCAGGGUGGGAUGGCAGCAGCAGUCUGGACAGUUUCUACAAAGCCUAAGCCACGGUUCCGGAUCACACUACCCCGAAAACUUUCUAGCUAACGUAAGUACUUGCAUGCAGUGGUGCCAGCUGUGAAUUAAAUCACAGUAAUUGUACCUCCUCUGGGCUUCUUAGCCACAUCAUCAACAAACCUCAUGGUACUGACAGCAAAGCUGUCAUGCACACACCACACAUGACAUGACAUGAGAAAAGGGAAGCACUGGAUGGCAUCAUUAACAAAAAGACUCCCUGCAAGAGAUUUAAGGAUUAAUGCAGCUGUUCUGCUCAGUGGAGGUACUACUCACAGCAGAGCCUCCCUAGUCAUGUCCUUCACUUAACUGCCUCCACAUUAAACAACUCAUUGAGCCUCCUGGCAGCAGGAGGCUAGAUUUAUUGCAGUUAAGCCCUAAUAAAUCAGCCUCUUUUUAACACUCCUCGCUUUCUAAAACCAAGUCUUACUGCUGACCCUUUGACACUGACAGCAAGCCUAAUAAGGGACAGCAGCUUUACACAGACAUAAUGUGACAUCCUCCAGCACACACAACCCUCUGCACACAUUUCAUACAGCGUAUUUCUGUACCCUUACAGAAUCAGACUGUAUACAGAGAGUAGACGUCUUCCCUGCCAACAACUCAGCCUUAUUGGGGAAUUUCUCUUCAAACCACCGUCCAACAUGUUUAACAUUAGGCUGGUGUUUCAUCUAACUCAGGUGCUCUACAGUACAACCAGCGGUGACGGUUCAUAAACAGGAUUUCUAUGGAUGUUUCUUCUCUGCUUUGCUUAGAGUUCCCAUUUGUCUCAUAUCUUUAACACUGACAUCAACUUUUUCUUUCAACUUUAACAUCUGUAAGUCUGUCAUGUUAUCUAACAAGUCAGUAAAGAAAUCCCAGCUGUAUCUCAUUUCCUUUCUAGAGGAAAGAAAGACCACAUCGGUCAGUUCUCAAAAGAAACUUCAGAGACACGCACCUCUGACUGCUGCAUCUGCUCUAAGACUGCCCAGAGUACUUCAAACAUAGCUUUCUUUCCUGUUUAAGUAUCUUCUUAUCCUUUCAGUGUGGAAUUUUACUCCCAGAGUAACAGACCGCUGUAGUCUAGGAAAAGCAGUGAAUUUAAUGUCUUCCAUCUUAGCAGCUUACAAGCUGUAGUUCAUCAGUGAAGGCAAUUUAGACAAACCUUUCUCACUCUGCUUUGAAAUGGAAGAGAACACUCAACCCAGUCAGUUCAUAUUUCAGCGAGACACCUCGCUGUCCCAACUCAGCCCACUACAGUCCUGCACUAAAAUACAGCUGUUGGAUCAUCUCUGUACACCAGGUAUACACCUUUUCCUGCCAAGUCCAAGCCCUGAAAAUGCUGAUCAGUGUCAUCUCCCAUUAAAAUUUCCAGGUGGAGAGAGAUUAACAUCACAGUAACUUCUUUUGCCAUAGCCAAAUCUCCUUUCUGUUCUAAGAAAGUCUUUGUGUGAGUUGAUUGAUAAUUCCUACUGAAUUAUCAAUUAUUAUUAGUUACACCACACUACCCGAGCAACUGAACCAAACGUCUCUUUGACGUUUCCUCCAUUCUUCCAAUUCUUCCUCCAAAAAAACCCUGAACUCAAAACCAUGUCCAGCUCCAACAUGUCAAAAAAUGGAUUGGUGGAGUCACAGAACACCGACACUCCUAGGUUAAGUCUUGUACUCCAUUAAAUAGUCCUAUUCAGUCACCCAGAAUAGAUGUAGUUAAGUCUUUCCUUGCAGAGGCACAUAACUUUGUAAAUUUCCAUCAUAUUUCCCAGGUGAUUAUCACCAGAGCCAAUACCAUUCUCUCCUACGAGACCUCAAAACUUCCCAGCAAUACUAGAACUGAUCACAAAUUAGCCAUACCUCCUAGCAGAGGCCAAGAAGCAAAAAUCACUGAAGCAGCAUAACCUGCUCAAAUUUAGUAAUUUAUUAUAUUUUCUUAGUUAUUUCUCAUAUUUAAAGGAUUUCACGAGGAUUCUCUUAAUAUACUCAAUAUGAAAUACGGCAUAGGAAGCUGCUGGUGAAUGCCUUCAGUAUUUCCAAGUAGACUGCCAGCCUGAAUCCCUGGUCAUUUUUACUCCACGCAAUUUAUGGAAUAAAAAAACAAACCCUUAAUCCAGCUUAAGCCUAUGCAAGAACACUUUUUCAAGUUAUUGCCCUCCAACAGCAACGGCAUAGACCAGUUCUACUGAAGGCAGUCUGACGUUAUUACUGUGUUUCAAUAACUGUACAAAAGUAGGGUUUUUUGUUUUUCUUUUACUUCUUCUCAUGUUAACUUUCUCUCCUCUUUCACUACAGGUCAGAGCCCUGGAAGAAUGAUGUAAAAAAUCGGCAAUAGUGUGUUACCUGAAUUUUAGUCUAAUGUUAUGGAAAUAUUCCCAAUGUAGACUUUUUCGUUUAUUUAAUUAAAAAAUAACACGAA